GAUUACGGGUUUGCUGUGCAGGAGGCCGCGGAGAGGACGGAAAAGGAGAUAUAUUUUGGAUGAAUCUGUGACCACUGAAAGCGAUUUGUAAGACUUAGAGUGUAACCUUAUCUAUUGGUUACUGUAUCAGAAUGAUACAACACAUGGAAAAGUCGGAAUUUGACGCUCAAUUACAAAGUAAUACAUCUAACUCCGAGCAUGGCAGCAACUCGAGUCAGGGGGAAGGGAAUGACGAAGCUUCGACCUCUGUUAAUGAGAUGCAGUACCCUCCAGAUGUGAAGUCUGGCUUUGACGAGCUCUGUCCAGUGUGUGGGGAUAAGGUUUCUGGCUACCACUAUGGUCUCCUUACCUGUGAAAGUUGUAAAGGAUUCUUCAAAAGGACAGUACAGAACAAGAAAGUGUACUCAUGUGUGGAUAACCGAAGCUGUCACAUAGACAAAAGCCAGAGGAAACGAUGUCCCUUCUGUAGAUUUCAAAAAUGUCUGAGUGUUGGAAUGAAGCUAGAGGCAGUGAGACAGGAUAGAAUGCGGGGAGGAAGGAACAAGUUUGGCCCGAUGUACAAGCGUGACCGAGCACUCAAACAACAGGUGGCCAGGCAACAGCACCAUCUUAUGGCAUCUUGUGGCAUGCACUUAAUGAAUGGAAUGGCACCUCUCCCUCCCUCCUCUGAGGACAUUAAACCCGACCCAGCAAUCCUCCAACAAAUGGCGGCCAGUAUCAAUGCAAACAUGGGUGGCUAUGGGAUGAACCACUCCCCUCUCUCUGGCAUGCCCUCCCCUGCAAUGCCCGACUCACCCCCUACAGAUCUGAGUCGGGUGUCCCAGCAUUCCCCAGUGUCCUCACCCCAGGGGCACUACUCCUCCCUGUCGCAGCAGACCUACCCUUCCAUGAUGACAGCAUUAAGGAACAACUACAGUCCAUCACAGCACCAUCCUCAGCACCACCCCCACUCCCAUCACCAGCCCAUCCACCCGCCCCAUCACCAUCAACACCACCACUCACAACCGCCCCACCACCACCACCACCACCACCAGAUGUCACCGAUGGCUGCAGCGCCACCUAUCGUGCCAAUCGUGCCUCAGUUGAUUAUAGACAUGAAAGCAAAUUUGACUGACGAAAACGAAAUAUGUCAGAAACUUUUCUCAUUUGUGCAAACUCAGUAUGGCCAUGAGGACGUAGUCAACCAGCCACUCAAACUAUUGCAAAUGAUAUGCAAGCUCUCUGACCAGUUGUUAUUCCUCAUGGUAGAGUGGGCGAGGACGUCAGUAUAUUUCAAGGAAUUCAAGGUUGAGGAUCAGAUGAAGAUGUUACAACACAGCUGGAGUGAGAUACUUAUCCUUGACUUGGCUCAUCGGCUAGUCAGGGAAAUAUGGUCAGGGGAAGUCACUCUCGAGAGUGGACAGAAGCUAGCCCUCGAAUGUUUGGAUAAGCUUGGCCUGGCAGAUGCAAAAGAUCGUAUUCGGGAACUCAUACGGAAGAUGAGAGACCUAAAAAUAGACGCUAACGAAUAUCUAUGCCUCAAGUACCUUAUCCUUUUGAAUCCAGAUGUGCCGGGUCUUGAGAAUCGCCACCAUGUGGAACAGUGCCAAGAAAGGGUUAAUGCAGCAUUGAUGGAAUACUGUGUAAACUUCUAUCCAAGUGUCAAGGACAAAUUUGGACAGGUGUUGCUUCGGUUACCAGAAGUGCGACUUAUCAGUAUUCGUGCAGAAGAAUUCUUGUACUUCAAACAUUUAAAUGGAGAGCUUCCGGAACAGACACUUUUAAUAGAAAUGCUACACUCGAAGAAAAAAUGAUUUCCCUUGUGCUUAGGCUAGAUGUCUAUGUGUGAUAUCGUUUAUGUAUAUCAAGUCAUAUGAUAAUGAACAUUGUUUGUGAUGUCGGAAUUUGUGUUUGUACUGCAGCAUUGUAUACGUUUUGUAAAUACUGGCACAGAUAUAGUUCUGCUAGUGUUGACAACUAUAGACUCCCAAUGAGGUCAGUAUUCAACUUGUUAAACCCAAUACAAGCCAUGUCAUUUUCAUAUUGACAUCAGAUCUACUGCAGUUUUCUAAGUUAAAGAGUGCUCGUAGUUCUAGUGACAAAAUCCAUUGUUAAUUAUUUGUGUUAUAUAUGAAAAUGGAUGUAAACGUUAAAUCAAAAUCUGAUGGUGAUCAAUCUAGUGUUAAUCUUUGUUCAGUGUGUGUAUAUGUUAUGACAUACUAUUUAUUUAUUGACAAUUUUUCUAAAGUUGCUAUUUUUGUUUAUUUUUUAGCAAAUAAUUUUCCUCUAUCUUCACCUCACAAUAGCCAAAAACGUUAUCCUAGAAUAUGAUAAUUGUAAUCUGACCUGGCAGGAAAUUGGACUUUCUUAUCAAAAUUUAUUUCAAAUAACUGACAAGAGGUGAGUCAAAAUGUUUGAAGAAUUAAAUGGAUAGUUUGCAUUUAACAACAAGCUGUUUCUUUCCUAGACUUAAAGCCGAUAUGUUAUAAUUCAAUAUCAAGUAAUGAAACUCGCUUUGUUUACAGCUAUAAAUAGCUGUACGAUACUGCUUGUUAUUGUGUUACUGUAACUGCUGAAUAUUUAUGUUGUUUAAUCAUUUAGCUGCUGAUAUUUUUAGUCAGAAGUUUUCAAUUGUAACUGUUGAUGGUGACGUUAUAGUUACAUUUAUUUGAAAAUAAUUAGUUCUUCCUAAUAGUGUUUGGUUUUUUAUGCAUUCCCUGUUUAGUUUCAGACUUUUUUUUAUAUCAAAUCAUUAAGAAAUCAUGUCUAAAUUCAUCAAAGUUUCAAUCAAAUAAGCAAUCUUUUUUGUUGAAAUUGUUAAGUUUCUUCCUGUCAGCAUUAUAUGUUUAAUAUUGAUUUCAAUUGUUUAGUUGAUGAUAUUUUUUUUUCCAGAUAU